AUGCAUUGUAGAUGGAUUUCAUUUAUUCAAAAGUUUUCUUUUCUGAUAAAGCACAAAUCACGAAAAUCAGACAAAGUGGCUGAUGCACUAAGCCGGAAAUCAGCAUUUCUGAUUACAAUGAGAGAAGUUAGUGGUUUUGAAUAUCUGACAGAACACUAUGCAGGAGAUGAAGAUUUUGCUGAAAUAUGGUAUAUGUGCAAACAAGGGAAAUCAUUUAAAGCAUUUCACAUUCUUGAAGAUCACUUAUUUCGAGAAAAUCAGUUAUGUAUCCCUCGAACUUCCUUGCGUGAGAAGUUAAUUCGAGAAUUACAUGCAGGAGGAUUUGGGGGGCACCUAAGUCGUGACAAGACUUUGAAAAUGACGGAGGAACGAUAUUGUUAGCCACAUCUUAAAAAAGAAGUUGAAAGUUUUUGUGCGAAGAUGUCACAUUUGUCAAGCUAAUAAAAAUGACACUGCCAGAACACAGGUCUGUACACUCCACUACCCAUUCCAGAUAAGCAUGGACUAACAUUUCUACGAAUUCUAUUUUCAGAUUACCACGUACCCAAAGAGGAACAGAUUCUGUUCUUGUGGCUGUGGAUAGAUUCUUCAAGAUGGCACAUUUUACUUCAUAGAAAAAGACUAAUGAUGCCAUUCAAGUAGCAAAUUUAUUUCUCAAGGAAAUAGUUAAUUUGCGUGGAGUGCCUAAGACUAUUACAUCUGACAGAGACUCAAAAUUUUUGUCCUAUUUCCGACGCACUCUUUGGAACAGAUUUCAAAAAAAUUUAUUACAAGAUGUCACGAGGUAAAGGGAUUCACAUUAACUAUAAUGAAAGUUUUCCUGAGGUAUGUACUAUUCGAAAAUCAGAGUUUGUUGAUUUUAAGAUAUAUAUGGAAUAAAAAAAUUGAAGAUUUAGAUCACACUUUGAAGCAAAAUUCAACAAAACUGUCUGCAAUGGAAUGUCAAUCUCGUUGUCAAACUGGUCAGAAACAAAAUGACUUCUGUAAUCUCUCAUAGGCAACCUUAUCCAAUGAUACAGGAAGCUCAAAACGUAGAUCUGAUUAUGAUAAUUGCAAAGAUUCUCGAAUGAAAAUUGAUUUACCUAAUUUUAAUGGACAUUUUAAAAUAAGAGAAUUUAUGAAUUAGAUUUCUGAAGUUGAUGUCACAUUGGACAUAAACUCUGAAUUUGGGCCCAUUUAUCCAAAUUUUAGGUCAUAAAAGCCCUAAAAAAGCCCUAAAAAAGGAGCCCACAUAUGUCACCAGUGGGCUGAAGAUCUGAAAAGUAAUACUUAUUUUCUACUUUUAUGUCUUUUUUCUUCUAAAAGGUACUUUAUUUCUCUUUCCUUCCAUCUAAAGACUUUAAUGCCGUUCAGUCUGUACCUAAGAUCUGUUCAGGACCUCUGACUGUCAGAGUCUGUACCUAAGGUCUAUUUUAAGUCAUUUCAGAGUUAGUAACGUGAAAUAUAAAUAAGAUAUGCGCUUGAAUCCACAAAACUUCAAUCUUGGGGAAGAAACAUGUCUCUUGAUGCAGCCCAAAUCCUGAAACCCAUUACUGAACAACCCUGAAGCCCAAUAUUGAUCCACUUUGAAGCCCAUUACUAUUGCAGCCUUUCAAGCCCACUUUACUUGAUGCACCUCGAAGCCCAUUACUGUUGCAGCUUCAAGCCCACUUUACUUAACUGGCACAAUUACGAAAUUAGGCUCAAUCACGUAAAAUUUAUAUUCUAAAUUAAAAUUUUCAUUUGAAAUUCAAAUUUCAUCCGAAAUUUAAAUUUCAGUCAAAUUUUGUUUUCAUUUCAAAUUCAAAUUCAAAUCUUGGCGCCCAAAUAAAGACUCCUUAGCCUAUUGAAAGGUACGCCCAGGCCCAGAGGGAUAUUACCUUUUUUCAAUAAAAUUUCGUGAGUUUUCUUCCCUUGAAGUUCUCAUCUUCUGCUGGGUGAUUCCAGCAACCCGGUGAACUCAAGGAACCUGUUCUUGAUUCUGUGGAUUCGGAAUCACCCCCCUUGUGGACUCAAGGGACUUGUCCUCUUCAACUUGGUGAUUCAGAGCAAAAGGACAACCAUUGGAACACGCUUUUUGAGGAUUCAAAAUGUGUCUUCGACCCCCACAAGAUCAGCGCUGAUCAUAACUCGUCCUAGCCAUUCCUUCCUCAAGUUUCGCUGCAUCAAGUGGUAUCAGGCUAAUUCCAAAAAAGGUUGAAGGUAUCAAAGUAGAUGAAGAAAGGUUAAAAGUGGAUCAUGGCUUAAAGACUGGCCAAUUCUAAAAAAUAUACAUGAUGUUCAUAGUUUUCAUGGCUUAGCAUUUUUCUUUUAUAGAAGAUUUAUUUGAAAUUUUAAUUCAAUUCUAACUCCGAUCACUGAGUGCAUGAGAAGAGGAAACUUUCAGUGGGCAGAGGCAGCAGAUAGAAGUUUUAUUUUAAUUAUAGAAAGGUUAAGUUCCGCCUCUAUACUAGCACUGCUAAAUUUUGAUAAAUUAUUGGCGGUAGACUGUGUUGCCUCAAUUACUCUAGAAAGGUUGUCUAGUACCUUUUCAUAGUGAGAAACUAACAAAAGCUAGAAGAAAAUGGACUACAUGUCAAUUAUAAAUUUUAUACUGUGGUUAGAUCAUUACAUACUUGGGAACAUUACUUGAUUUAAUGAGAACUUCUUUUAUUUACUGGCCAUCAACCUUUGAAAUCAGUCACCAGUCAGACAACUAUCAACGGAAUGCAUGUUAGAUGGAUUUCAAUUAUUCAAAAGUUUUCUUUUGUGAUAAAAUAUAAAUCAGGAAAAUCAAAAAAAGCGGCUGAUGCACUGAGCCAAAAAUCAGCAUUUCUGACUACAAUAUGAGGAGAAGUUAGUAGUUUUGAACAUAUGACAGAACUCUAUCCAGGAGAUGAAAAAUUUGCUGAAAUAUAGUAUAUGUGCAAACAAUGCAAACCAUCUAAAGGGUUUCACAUUCUUGAAGAUUACAUAUUUCGAGAAAAUCAGUUACGUAUCCCUCGAACUUUGUCGCGUGAGAAGUUAAUUCGAGAAUUACAUGCAGGAGGCCUUGGGGGGCACUUAGGUUGUGACAAGACUUUGAAAAUGAUGGAUGAACGAUAUUAUUGGCCACAGCUCAAAAAAGAAGCCGAAAGUUUUGUGCGAAGAUGUCAAACUUGUCAAGCUAAUAAAAGACAGUGCUUGAACACAGGUCUGUACACUCCACUACACACUCCAGAUAAAGUACGCACUGACAUUUCUGUGGAUUUUAUUUUCGGAUUACCACGUACCUAAAGAGGAGCAGAUUCUGCCUUUGUGGUUGUGGAUAGAUUUUCAAAGAUGGCACAUUUUAUUUCAUACAAAAAGGCUAUUGAUGCCAUUCAAGUAGCAAAUUUAUUUUUCAAGAAAAUAGUUUGUUUGCAUGGAGUGCCUAGGACUAUUACAUCUGACAGAGACUCAAGGGACCUAUCCUCCUCACCCUGUGGAUUCCAAGUGAAAGGACAAUCAUUGGAGUGCGUUUUUCGAGGAUUCAAGACGUGUCUUCGACCUCCACAACAUCAAAGCUGAUAACAACUCAUUCAAGUCAUUGCCUCCUCAAGUUUCUCUGCGUUACGUGGUACCAGAGCAGGGUCUGUGUUCCACAUUUAGAUUUACAAGAUGACACGAGGUUAAGGGAUUCACAUCAAUGACAAUGAAAGUGCUGAUCUCAAGAUUCAUAUGGAAUAAAAAUUUGAAGAUUUGAAUGGCACUUUGAAGCAAACCUUAGCACGAAUGUGUGCAAUGGAACUUUAAUCUUGUGGUCAAAUUAGUCAAAAAUAAAAUGAUUUCUGUAAUCUCUCACAAGAAAAUAUAUCUAAUGAUACAAGAAGCUCAAAAGUAA